AUGUCAUACCAUCAUCAGGCGUCUGGAUCCGAUCGUUCGCACAAUGGGCAUCGUCCAGCCCGCUCCGGCGACCGUCGCUCACCACCCUCCUCUGCAGCCUCGUCUUCUCGAGAGCCACUGCAGAAACGACCUCGAAAUGAUGACGUGAAGUCAGCUUCAGCCCGAGGAGCCUCACAAUCAACCUCAGUCUCUUCAGCAACUCAGAACAGGCGACACGACCGCCUCAGUCUCGAAGACGACCAAGUUGUGACCCCGCAUCUUGACAGAUUGCUCGACCAAUUGGAUGCUGGCAUCGACGAGGAAGAGCAAAGGCGCAGGACGCUGGAGGAGAGUCGCAAACGGCGACAGGCUAUUCUGCAAAAGCACAGCAGCUCACAGACUUCGACUCCACCUGUGCCUCCACAUGUCAGCUCCUUGAAGUCCGCUUCGAGCGUAUCAUCCCUCCAUGCGCAUCAAGCUCCAACCGCCAAGACAAACAGCGGAUUUGACCCCAAGGACGGUCAGGCGGCAUUCUCGCUGGUAAAGAAUGCAUCUCGAGGCAUCAGCGCUGUCGAUGCUGAUGCGGAACGUGUUUCGGCUGCAGAGCUCGAUCCGGAUGCUGACCGCGCUCAAGAGCUCUCUCGACUCGAACAGCGUCGACAAUCACAACUCCAGCAAGCGACGAAAGAGCUGAGCUCAAAGAAGCACGAGGAAGAGUUCGAAGAGGUCGAGGUGACCGACGAGGAAGAAGAUGCCGAGCUCGACAUGUUUGCUCUGUCUGACGACGAAGGAGCGGCCAAGAAGAAGAAGACCAAGAUCAUUGGCGUGCCCAAGCGCAAGGACACAAAAGCCAAUCUCGUCAACACCACGAAAGGGCUGCCGGUGUCGGAUGCAGCUUCGAGCAGCACCGCGAACCUGGCAAGCAAUUGGGACGACAGCGAGGGCUAUCUGCGCACCAUUCUGGGCGAAACACUCGAUGAACGCUAUCAGAUCUUUGCAGUGCUGGGCAAAGGCAUGUUCGCCUCGGUGGUGCGAGCGCGCGACCUGCACGACAAUGGCACCGAAGUGGCGAUCAAGAUCAUCAGGGUGCAGGAGAGCAUGUACAAGGCCGGGAUCAAGGAAGUCGGCAUCUUGCGAAGGCUGAACCAGUCGGAUCCGGACGAUCGCAAGCACGUCGUACAACUCGAAAGACACUUUGACUAUAAAGGUCACCUCUGCAUGGUGUUCGAGUCGCUGGCGAUGAACCUGCGCGAGGUCGUUCGUAGGUACGGUCGCGAUGUGGGUCUCAACCUGCAAGCGGUCCGAGCUUAUGCGCAUCAGCUGCUUCUCGCGCUUUCUCAUCUCGCCAAGAACUCGGUCAUCCACGCCGACAUCAAGCCUGACAACGUGCUUGUCAACGACACCAAGACCUUGCUCAAACUUUGCGACCUGGGCUCAGCAUCGUUCGUCCACGAGAUGGAGAUUACGCCGUAUCUGGUCUCUCGCUUCUACCGAGCACCGGAGGUCAUCCUCGGACAGGCGUACGACUGCUCGGUCGAUGUCUGGUCCACGGGCUGCACACUGUACGAGCUCGCCACCGGCAAAAUCCUCUUCCCCGGCAGGACCAACAAUCAUAUGCUCCUCUUGAUGCAGGAGCUGCGAGGCCGUUUCACCACCAAGCAGAUCCGCAAGAGUCAGUAUGGCGAGCAGCACUUCGACGACGCCAAUGCGUUCCUGUCGAUGGAACCCGACAAGAGCACGGGUCAGAGUGUGGUGCGGAGGGUGAUGGUGCAGAAGCCCGUGAUGGAUCUGCGAGCACGAUUGCUGCCGACGGAUGCAGCUAAGCAGCUCAAGGCGGACGAGCUCAAGAUGAUGAAUCAUUUCGUAGACCUCUUGGAACGAUGCCUAGAGCUGGACCCUGCCAGACGCAUCAAGCUGAAAGAUGCGCUCGAGCAUCCCUUCCUAGCGCAUGUUUCGAGAUCCGGCUAG